UGCAGCUGCAGGAGCACGAGCCGGAUUAUCGCACAUUGACAAUAGUAGCCGAGUAGCUGCUUUAAAAAACUUUAAGAAAGUCUAGUUACCACUCGCCAUUCCUUUAUCUAUUAAAACACAGACCGUCGAGCAGCUAACUUGUGAAUAUGUUAUGGACGAGCUCAUUUGAGGAGCUAGCAGGCUGGCUAGCAAACCCAGCUAGCUCGUAGCGGUUAGCUGGUCAGAUCUCGCCACAUGUCGCAUGAGGUUUCCGUCCUCCUCGCCUCCUCUCAGACACAAAUGUCAGCAUGGCCCGUAGAAACGAAGUAUUUCAAUCAAAAGUACUCCAGAAGCUUUACUCCGCAGCUCCCAAGCCAGAGAAGGAACCUAGCCCACCAAGCAUCCUCAAUGCACUAUCCAGAAAAAAACAUGUGAAAAGGAAAGCCUCUCAACAGGACACUGGAGAUGCAAGGACGACACAGAGUUCAGCCAAUCCAGGCACGCGGCUGUACACAGUCAUACCCCCUCCUGCAGACUACAAGACGGAUGCAGAGGGAUCCGUCACACUCCCCCAGUUAGAAAGCAUGAAUAGUGCAGAAGACCCAGCUGAGGGAAGAGUCCGUGAUGGCGAUGAAGAACUACUCCAAGGCAAAGAGGAAGAAGAACAGACAAGAAAAAGGAAGAGACGGAAAAGGAAACCAGCCCGCCACCAAGACUCUGGGAAAGAUGGAGCAGCUGAAGUGAGUCGGGCACCUGUGGACGAGGGAGGAGAGCGCAUAAGCAAGAACAAGAAGAGGAAGAUGAAGAAGAAACGGCACAAAGAGAAGCUGCUCGCCAUGGGUCUGAUGCCCCGGGCCACUGCACUGGAGUUCACUUACCGAAAAGAUGGGGAGGAGGAGGAGGAAGAAGAGGAGGAGGAGGAGGAGGAGGAUAACAAUAAGAGGAGAGCUGCUGAGGUGUCAGACUUCCUCAGGACAACAAUGGAAAUCUAUAUGUCAGAUUCCUCUCUGCGUGCCGACGAGAGCCCGUCCCUGUCUGGGACGGUGAAUGACCUUCUGAGCGGCAUCGCCACCGGAGGCCACGCCCCCUCUGUCCUGAAGCAGCUCCACGGUCUCAAGGACUUUGUCCAGCGGCAGCAGGGAGACGAACUGGAACAGGCACUGGGGGAGCUCCUCAACACUUCUCCCAUGUCUGCAGAAGAAACCACCGCAGUCGUCUCACUGUUCCAGUUCUGGAUCACAGACAUUCUUCCCAUGCAGGGUGACAGGAAGACGGGGCCUUCUGCGACGCAGCCGGGAGACAGGGAGUCACACCAAAACCCAGACGCUCCUGAAUAAUUAUUCCAUUUGGCUCCAUCACUUCUUGAAAUGUUGAAUUUGUAUAACAUAUUUGUGUUAUUAAAAAGUCCCUUUUCAUCUA